AGACUCUUAAUCAAAAAACCCUAAAACCUCUCACUCUCUCUUUCAAAACGAGGCUGCUUCGUCAGCUACUGCUACGUAGGCGGCUUGACCCUCUUCCUCAUAUUUUCACCCCAGAUCUCGUUAUUUGCGUUAGAAAUUCCGCAGCAAAGAUUCCGAAUAUCGCGCAGGAGAGAAUUCUAUUUCCACUUGGGCGAAUCGAUUACGUCGGAAUUGUUUCCGUCUCGUAAAGCGUGGAGAGAUACGUUGGCUUCUGUAUCGUUUCCUAGGGUUUUUGCUUCCUGUUCCGUUCGCCCGGCAACAGGAAGAUCGAAAAUCCUAGAGUAAUUCAGCUUCUGUUCGGAAAGCAUGGGGAUGGAAGCAACACCGGACGUGGAAGGAUUCCAUGAAAUGACAGAUGAUUAUUACAGUGACUCGGAGGUGGUCUCCCAUGUCCGCGACGUCCUCAAGUCGGCCACUCAGGGUGACGUUGAGCAUUACAAUGAGCUGGUUGGGGUUAUAAACCAUACCGAGCAGCUGGAGGUUGAUCAGGAGGCCUUGCUUGUGCCAAGUUUAAGAUCAUUGUCGGGAGCAGUCUCAUCUAUUGAUAUUGUUCACCACGAGGCUCUUCUCUCUUCUAUAUUUAGGAUGAGUAUUUGGAACUACAGACGGGAUGCAAUGGAUGCCUUGCUAGAAUUAAUCGUUUCUUUGGCUGCUUCAAGUGGCAAAUUUGUUGACGCCUGUUUGGACAUGCUUGUUUUCAAUUUUUUGCCGCCUCCAACUUUGCUUUCCUUUGUGACGCAACCACGGGGUCUUGCAAGAAAGGAAGAAGUUCUUGAUCGGGUGCAUUCAGCCCUGGGAGACAUUGCUGAUUUGGUGCCUCUUGCUCCAUUGAGGUUGUUGCCAAUAAUUAUUCAGAGAAUGCCACGGAUGCAUACUAGGGAGGCUUACAUUGCAUUGUAUGUGGAGAGCAUGUUGAGGCUGGAGAGUGGUGCAAUUGGAGAACUUGUUGGGAGCACAAUGCUAAUGGCGGUGGUGGAUAGGCUAAUAGAUUUAGAUAUGGAAAUAGGAUGGGAGGACAUCUUGCAGGAAGAUUCUAGCAAAGGCAUAUUUGACAUGGAACUGGAGGAUGUGGAGGAACAUUCAGAUGACGACAAGACAAUUGGUAACGAGCUUCCAAAAGGAUCAUUGACUCGACAAAGUUUGGGUGGCAAUGUAAUUGCUGACAAACUAGAUACCUUGAUGGUACUCACUUGUGAGCAUCUCAAAUCUUGUACAGAGAAUGGUCGUCUAGUUAAGGUAUUUGAAACACUCAUCCAGUCCUUUCAGAUAACUGUGCUGAAUGCCUAUAAGUCGAAGUUUGCCCAGUUUGUGGUGUUUUAUGCAUGUUCGCUGGAUCCAGAAAAUUGUGGUGUAAAGUUUGCUGUUGUACUUGCAGAUAUUUUUGUAAGCAGUACUCAACCUCCCCUUACAAGGAUGAGUGCUGUUGCUUAUCUUGCUAGUUACUUGUCUCGGGGGAGGUUCCUGUCAUCCUCUUUUGUUGCUAGCAUAUUGAAAAGAUUGGUGGAUUGGUGUUUUGCGUAUUGCCAUUUUCGGAAUGGCGAAGAAAAAACAAUGAACCCUGCAGCACAUCGAGUCUUUUAUUCUGCAUGGCAGGCUGUCAUGUAUGUUCUCUGUUUCCGGAUGAGGUCGAUGAUGGAUGUUCCCCAUCUCAAAUCACAGCUUUUCCACAUGCCCUUAGAACCCAUCUUGCGUCACCCAAUGGAUCCUUUGAAGGUGUGUUUGCCUUCCAUAGUAGAGGAAUUCCUGCGGCAAGCCAAAGCAGCCUGUCUAUUCACCGUGUCAGAGACCUUCCUCUUUAAUAAUGUGCUUGACUCAGAAUUCUCCAAGGCUUUUGGUGGCAUGGAGAGGCUUGACAUGUUUUUCCCAUUUGAUCCGUGCUUGCUGAAGAAAGCUGACAGAUAUAUCCGACCGAGCUUUGUCUUCUGGUCGAUGGUCAAAACCACAUAUGACGAUGACCAAGAUGAUGAUGGUGAGGAAGAUGCAGAUGAUGACGAAGAUAAUAUUGCAGAUGAUGCGAGGAGGUUUGGAGAGAACGACAUGGCCGCAAGCUUUGAAGAAGUCGACGUUGACCUCAAUGAGUUUGAAUCUUCAAUGAAUAAGAUGUCCAUCACACCCAAGAAUUCCUUAAAAUAUGCUAUGGGGGACGACAUUGGGAUCCCCAGACGCAUGCCAGCCAGAAUCAGACCCUCUACCAGUCCAUGGUGAUUGGUGUUCGCCCUUGAUGCGGAUAUGGGAGAAACAUAAGUUUCCGGCUGUGUUUAUAUACCAAAAAGAAAAAGAAAAAAAACAGAGAGAAUGCAGUUUUGCGGGUUGACGGUGUCAGCCUCAGGGAAGGUCUGAGGCUGGGUUGAAUUCGUCGUCGGGUGCUGGUUGUCUUCUUUUAAGGUAUUAUGACUUUUAGUGAGGGUGUUUAUGGGAUGCGUUUUUUGUAAAAUGAUUGGUCUAUGAUUGUAUGAUCUUUGAACGUAAGUGAGAUACAGUUUUCUAGGA